AUGGAUGGUGUUGAUGAUGACCAAGAGGAGAGAAAACCCCAAGAAAGUAGAAGAAAACCAAAAGUAGAGGGAGAGCAAGCUUCUAGUGCACUGGAUUUGAGCCAAAUGCAGAGAGCUAUUGAAGAAAUGUCUCAUCAAUUCAUGAGAGCACAGGAGCAACAGCAAGAACAAUACCUGAGGCAACAAGAGCAAUACUUGAAAGCCCAAGAGCAACAAGAGCAUUGGCAACAGCAAAUGAUGGAGAAGCAAGAAAGCUUCCAACUCAAGAUGUUGGAGCAACAAAGAGAGUUUCAAGAAAGAAUUUUGGAGGGGCAAAAGGAACAAUCAGCAAGCGUUCAAGAAUCAGUUAAUGGAUUGUUCCUAUGCCAAGCCAAGUAUGGGGAGUACACUCAAAAUUUCUAUCAAUGGAAGAAUAUAUAUCAUACUAUUAGAGAGCAUAUGCACGUGGAUAGAACGGGGUAUAAUAUGCAAAAUCAAGCAAAGUUGGAUUAUGUAGUCCAUGGCAUGCCAACAUUGAACCAAGAGAUCAAGCCAUUUGCUCAAUGCCCAGAAUUUAUGGAGCAGUAG